AUGGCGCUAUUCAUUGCCGACACCUGCCACGAGCGAAAAAAAAUCCUCGCUAAGCGGCUGCUCGCGUCGCGCAGCUUCUUACGGAUCUGUGACCUGGCGGAGGAGGGGGAGGACUUCCACGAAGCGCAGUUCCAGGCGGUGAUGGCGGCCCUGGAGAGCGGGGAGGAGGCCGGGGACAGCGAGGAGGAGGAGGAGGAGGAAGUACUGGGGCUCGCAGAAGAGGAUGGAGAAGGGGAGGAGGAUGAGGAUGGAGAAGGCGAAGAGGAGGAGGAGGAGGAGGAGGAGGAAGAUGGGGACCUGUCCAUGGAAAGCGACUUGGAGGAGCGCCGUCAGGACACCCAGCUCCCCCACGAGCUCUCCUGGGGCCAACGCAAGCAGCUCUACUACGACACGGACUACGGGAGCGGUGCCCAGGCCAAGGGCAAGCGUAGCCAGCAAGAACUCGAUGCUGAGGAGGAGGAAGAGGAGCAGGAGGCUCAAGUCAUCCAGAGGCGGUUGGUGCAGGACUUAGGGGAAGACGAUUACGGGCUGGAUGUGAUCCAGGGCUAUCUGACUGAGCGGCAGAAAACCCACGACAGCAAGGGGCAGAAGAUUGACAAAGAUUUGCAGGCCCUUUCCAAGAAGGAGCAGCUGAAGCUGCUGAAGCAGGAGUCCCCCGAGCUCCUGCAGCUGAUCGAGGACUUUGAAGUCAAGCUAAUGGAGCUCAAGGACGAACUGCACCCGCUGCUGCAAAUGGUCAAAAACGGCACGAUCCCGCAAGGGAAAGGCAGUCGCUAUUUGCAGACCAAGUAUCAUCUCUACUUGAAUUACUGUGCCAAUAUCAGCUUCUAUCUGGUUUUGAAGUCCAAGAGGGUGCCGGUGCAUAGUCACCCCAUCAUCGAACGGCUGGUUGCUUAUAGAAAUAUAAUCAACGACCUAGCUGUGAUAGAUGAAAAGUUAUCCUCGCAAGUUCGUAUGCUUUUGAAAAACUACUAUGAUAAGAAGGAAGAUAAAUUACGGAAGGAGAAGAAGUUUUCACUGUUCCUCCCACUGGAUGUUCACAAAGACCAACCAAAACGUGCUCCUGCGCUUGCUAAUGGCCGGGCUGCUGCUGCUGAAUCGUCAGAUGAGUCGGAGCUGGAUGAGGAGGCUGCCCUGAAAUACUACAAGAUGAUGGAGGAGAAGUUGAAACUCAAGAGGAAGAGAACUGAAGACCAAGACACGCUUGAAGAAGAAGAAGCAGCGGUGUUGGAAGGAGAGGAUCCAGAUAAAAAGAGAGGGGUGACCUAUCAGAUGAUCAAGAACAAAGGCCUCACGCCCAGAAGGAAGAAGAUCGAUCGCAACCCCAGGGUCAAGCAUCGGGAGAAGUUUCGGCGGGCCAAGAUUCGCCGCAAGGGCCAGGUCCGCGAAGUUCGCAGGGAGUUGCACAGAUACGCCGGAGAACUGUCUGGCAUUCGCGCGGGAGUUAAGAAGAGCAGGAAGCUUCAGUGA